GAAGCUCGGAAUAGUGGGAUGAAGAUUCAUAUAAGAUAGCUUACAAUUGUCAAAGAAAUCACUAGGCAAUUACGUCUCAGUCAAGCUGGGGAAAAAAAAAGCACUAAGCAUCAAGUUUAAUGACUUAGUCCAGUUUGAAAAAUCAUUUUUGAAGUCAUACCUGGGGGAAUCUGAAAGGAUUAAGAAGCAUCAGCGUGACCUGAGAGAAAUAAAACUGUCCAAAGAUCUGAAACUAGUUACUUCCCAUCCUCUGUUUUGCUUGUCUCUGCUCUUUGGUGAGCUCUUCUGUUUGUUAUUCUGUGUGUUAAGCUCGCUGUAAAUAUAAAGUGUGUGUGUGUGGGGAAGUACUGAGCUUAUUUUCUUCACAUGUUCUCCAAAGCAGUGUCCCUUUAAAAUCAAGCUUGGAAUCUUAUAGCUGAGAUCUAAGGAGAAAAUGUCCUCAUUUUUUCCAUGAGAAUCUGAACUUGUACAAAAUAAAUAGGAAAGGGGAUAGAGUUGAAAGAGGUAGACCUAAAAACUUCUUUUUGGUCUAACUGCUCAGCCUAUGAAAAAUUAAAAAAUAACAUCUUGGGCAUUAGGACCCAGUGGAAGAGCCUCACUCAGACUCGGGGUUAACUUCUAUCAGUGACGUAAACAAGCAGCCCUAGCUCAUUCUUUACUCCCCCUCCCUCCCCCCUCUCCUCCUCCUCCCUUUCCCUCUCCCUUCUCUUCCUCCCUCCCUCCCUCCUUCUCUCCCUUCUUUCCUCUCCCUUUCCCUCUCCCUCUUUCUCUCUUAGCUUCCUGACAUUAAAGAGAAAAUGCUGCUAUCAGUGACGUCCAGGCCUGGGAUUUCGACUUUUGGCUAUAACAAGAACAACAAGAAGCCAUAUGUGUCGUUGUCUCAGCAAAUGGCACCACCUAGUCCAAGCAGCAGUACCCCUAACAGCAGCAGUGGGAGCACUGCACAGGACCAGCUGAGUAAGACCAACCUCUACAUCCGGGGAUUGCAGCCAAGCACUACUGACCAGGACCUAGUGAAGUUGUGUCAGUCAUACGGCAAGAUUGUCUCCACUAAGGCCAUCCUGGACAAGACCACAAACAAGUGCAAAGGCUAUGGCUUUGUGGACUUCGACAGUCCUUCAGCAGCACAGAAAGCUGUUACAGCACUGAAGGCCAGUGGUGUACAAGCGCAGAUGGCAAAGCAACAGGAGCAGGACCCCACGAAUUUGUACAUCUCAAACCUCCCACUGUCAAUGGAUGAGCAAGAACUGGAGGGAAUGCUGAAGCCCUUUGGCCAGGUUAUCUCCACUAGAAUCCUUCGAGACACCAGUGGGACCAGCAGAGGGGUUGGCUUUGCCAGGAUGGAGUCCACAGAGAAGUGUGAAGCCAUCAUCACCCACUUUAAUGGAAAAUAUAUUAAGACACCCCCUGGAGUACCAGCCCCAUCUGAUCCCUUGCUUUGCAAAUUUGCUGAUGGGGGUCCAAAGAAACGACAGAACCAAGGAAAAUUUGUGCAGAACGGACGGGCCUGGCCAAGAAAUGGAGACAUGGGUGGCAUGGCUUUGACCUAUGACCCCUCCACAGCUCUUCAGAAUGGGUUUUACCCAGCUCCUUACAACAUCACCCCCAACAGGAUGCUCACUCAGUCUGCACUGUCCCCGUAUCUUCCAUCUCCUAUGACGUCAUAUCAGAGAGUAACUCAGACAUCUCCUCUACAAGUACCUAACCCGUCUUGGAUGCACCACCAGUCAUACCUCAUGCAGCCUUCAGGUUCAGUUCUGACACCAGGAAUGGACCAUCCCAUUUCUCUCCAGCCUGCCUCCAUGGUGGGACCUCUUACCCAGCAGUUGGGCCACCUCUCUCUCAGCAGCACGGGCACGUAUGUGCCAACAGCUGCAGCUCUGCAGGGAGCUUACCUCUCCCAGUACACCCCAGUGCCUUCUUCCAGUGUUUCAGUUGAGGAGAGUGGCAGCCAGCAAAGCCAAGUGCCGGUGGAUGCACCCUCAGAGCAUGGCGUCUACUCUUUCCAAUUCAACAAGUAACAGUGGCCUGGGCCUGGAAAGAGAAAUCUGCACCCCCGCCUUCUGCUCUUCCUCCACUCCUGGUGGAGCCUGGGCGGGUGGUGGCUGUCACCGUUUGUGUGUGCUGCAGUCAAGGACAUCAACAAAACUUCUUUUGUGAAGAAAGUUUGCUGUUUUGCUUUUAACUGCAAUAUACUCUUAUCCUACUCCAAAGAGACAUGGUGCCUGGAACUUCUUCCCUUCUUUGUGAAAAACCAUUUUUGAUGUGUUGGACUUUUUUGGGAAGGCUUUUUUUAUAAACAUUAUUUCUUAAAAAAAAAGAUGUGGUGCUAGAACAUUGAUGGAGUCCUUUGUGGGCCCUUCUUACUGAGUUUAGCAAUGGACUUUUUUUGUGGGGAGGUGUGUGUAAGAAUACACAGACUUUCAAUGUUUUGUUUUAUAAAGCUCUUAGAUCACACAUCCCAUUGCUUCUUCACAUACAUUUUAUGCCUUCUUUUCCUCAUCCAGAUUGUUCUUUUUCUCUUUUCCAUACAGCAGAACCUGCUUACUUUAACCUCUUUACAGCUUUUAAUUUUGUUAUUUCUUUUUUGAAUGAAAUUUCCUAUGGAAUUUGGAGGGGCAGGGCAAGGAACAGGGAGACUAAGCAGGCAGUGGAAGCGGCUUUUCCUCCCUCUGCCCUUCCGGAGGCAGAGCCUUGAGCCUUGACCUCGGCUAAGGAGACAGUUCCACAGCCUUUGGUAGCCAUCUUUGAUCCAAAUUGGGAUGAAGACUAGGUUUUCCCUGGCAAGUUCCAGAGGAACAGACCUACUGACUUCUAAUUCUUCUCACUGCCGAGGCCAGCACCACACCUUCUGAGAAAAUGUCUUCUCCAGCUACAGCUUUUCAGGAAUACCUGCUUUUUGCUUCCCGGAGGAUCUUUUCUGCCCUGGGUCUCAGGGCCCCUCUCUUCCCUGUUGCAUGUCAUUGCCAUGCUCAGAGCCUUUGCAUUUGUGACCUUGCUGAAUCCACUUAGGUUCCUUCCCCACCGUGGACCAUCAGCGGCUUCACCUUUAGACCAGUGAUUCUCAGAGAUGUGGUUUUGUCCCCGAGAGGCCAUUUGGCAGUCUCUGGAGACAUUUUUUCAUGGUCAUGUCUGGGCGUGAGGCUGUGUGCUGCUGCCAUCUAGUGGCUGAAGACGAGGGAUGCUGCUGAACACCCUCUAGAGCACAGGAGAGACCUGGCUCCCCGGACCAAAGAACUCGGACUCAAAAUGUCAGUAGUGCCACGGUUAGGAAACCUUGAUGAAGACAGUGUCAAGCCUGCCUGUGUACCAGAGGACUUGGUAAAUUCCCAGCCCUGGACACACAGUGCCUUUUGAGCCCCAGGCAACUAGUUGAGAGAGAACUGAGGUUCUUGAAUUUUCCCCAGGCUUUCACCUUUGGCACCUCUAUGUAUACAGCAAGGGCUGCCCUUGAAGGGUUCAGGCCAUGUGCACACACACGUUGAGAGGGAUCGAGGCGGGGGCUGGUCUCUCUGUGUGUGUGUGCUAUGCUGGGGUGGGAACGGACAAAGUUCUUUGUAACUGUCCAGAGCAUUUGGGCCCCUUUCCCAGGGAACCAGGAUGUCAAAAAUAAUUUUCCUUGUGGAAGGACAUCAGGGAGCUAGGAGAGAAAAGAGCAAUAAAUCCCAUCUCAGUAUUCCCAAGGUCAGGAGCCCUUCACAACAAGGCUCUGUUUUGCUCUUCAACCCCAUCUCCUUCUGCAAGACCUGGCUACGCACCUGGAGACAGAUUGGAGGAAGCCUUUGCCCAUCGUCCAGGAAGGUCGGUCCUGCACCUUCUCUUCCCAGUCACUCCCUUCUACACUGAAAGUCGAGUGCUGCUCCCCUUCACUUCCAGGUCAGGUACGUUUCCCCCAGACAGACAGAAAGCCCGAUGAUGGAGAAUGGGGAAACAGGUGUUCAGUAGGCUGGCUGUAGGGAGAGGAAGGAGAUGCUCCAGGGUGGGAAGAAGCUGUGAUGUCAGUUGUACACAGAGCUUGGGCCCAGCUCGCCCUUCCCAGAGUUGAGAGUCCUGAUGCUCCCCACCCCAAGUCCUCUUGUGCAUCCUGAGGGUGAGGAAGUAGAGGCAGCAGACAGUAGGUAGGGGAUAAUAGGUAAGAUGGAAAAUAUAAAAGACGAAAUUGCUACAGUUUUCUCAUGGGUACUUCCAACCUCAGGAAGGCUUUAUCUGAUGUAAAACAGCCCCAAGUCCAGUAACCUUCUGGGAGGGUUUGCCUGGGCAGGUAGCUCUUGUUUCCGAGUCUCUAGUCCUUAGUCAGAAAAGUACACCAUAGGUCUCUUCAGGGGCCUUGAAGAAAAAGAGAAGAGUCUAGUUCAGUUAAUUAAUAGUAGUUUGGGGGAACCUUGCUUUGCUAGGAGGUUUAGUGAAAGGAGGGCCUUUCAUGUACAGAAGCUGUUGACAUUAGUGCUGCCCCUUCUCUGCCUCUCAGAAUUCUUGGUUCUACUUUCUCUGUAUUUAAAUGUUUAAAUGGCUCUUAUUUUGCAUUGUUUUGUUUUAAAAUUAUGAAGUUACCUUUUGUCCGUUUUCCUCAUGUGAAUCUGCUUAAUGGAUUUUAUUAAUGAAUGUUUCUGGUUUGGGCAGGUUUGGGCAUGGGAAGUGAUGGAGUGAGAGCCUGAGGUUAUUUUUCUGGUGGUUAAUGGCGUCGUGGAAUUUUGUUUGGACCCUUUUGGGUUACACUCAUGAUACUUUCCCCCUAAUUGUUAGUUCAUUUCUGACAGUUCAUAACAUGAGUGAGUGGGAAAAGGAGAGAAGGAACGAGGGCCAGUUUUUCUCUCUCAAAAUGGCCCACUGGUGGCAGUGGAGCUACUGAGGAAUUGUAGGGGGCGUCUGCAGGCUCAUAGCCUUGGGCUGGGCUCUUUAAACUAUGCUAGUGUUUUCUGAAUCCUGUCUUCAUGGAACCCAGGUCGUACUCUCCCUGUACUUCAUAUCUCACCCUUGAUCAUUACAGUGCUCGUUAACAUUCUUAAAAUAUUUUACUACUUGGUAUUUUUCUCUUUUCAGUCAAAUAGAACAUACUAGAAUCACUUUCUCAGAUGAUAUAAUCCUUUAUUAGGCUUAGCACCUGCCUGUCCCACCUCAUGCCAAUAUUACUGCUCCUGUCUCACUCUGGAUACUCAGACCCGAGGCUUUUUGGAGGAGGGUUUGGGUCGAGGUUAAGGAAGAUGUAGAAAUGACAGUGGGGAGAGAUGUUAUUUUUAGAGUAUUUUUAACCAAAGGAUUGGAAGAGCUGCCCAGGACUAGGAAGCCUAGUGGCUCUAAAGAGUAAAUAAAUACCCCUUGUCAGGAAUAGAUGGGGUAGUAGGGGGACAUUACUUGCACUGAGUGUGAGGACUAGACUUUGUUGCUUUACUGACCCGCCCUGGACCAGGCCACCUCAGCCCAGUUCCAUUCUUCUUUUCCUGACUUACUGAUCAGUGAGCUCAUUUAGCCCCUUGGUGCCUGCACUGCUUAUCCCCUGCUGCUUCAGUGUCUGCCGUUUGGGGUGCCUACUUGUGGGUUGUUAUUUUGCUCCACAAAGGUGCAGUGUGAGGGCUUACUGGAAUGGAGUGUAAACAUCUAAAAGUUCUUUCGUGCACGUGCCCCACCUUCUGGGAGAGCAGCAGCAUUGCACUUAUUAGCAGUUUACCUCGACCUUCUUGGCCUAGGGCGAUAAACUUGGGUCAGUGAUCAGGUCUAAACUUGUCCCCAGGCUCUGCUAGACCAACUUCAAAGAGGGUGGUAUUAUGACAGCCAGUCUGUAAGGGCUAGGUCUAACCUUGUGCCUUGCCACAUUAACCUCUGCGUGAUUCCCUCCUAAACCAACUAUGCCAUUUCUGUGCUACCUGCUUUUAACUCCUUCCAGGCAUUAGCAGAUCUCGCCUUCACCCUUGCUUUUACCCUUUCCUUUUGUAGGAGGGUCUUCCUUCAACAGCUGAGCCAGGCCUGUGAGCUCUAUCCCCCUUCUCCUCUUUGCUGAAUUCUGCGGCACCUCCGUAGAGGUGCUCCCCACGAGACUAGUAAUAAGAGAGGUAGGUGCCCUCUCAGCCCAGCUACCACUGCUGCUCCUCCCUGGCCUGUCCACUUCCAUUUCAAAUGAACCUCCAUUCUCCCGGGUAUGGCCCACAACUUCAUUGUCCUCGUUACAGAUCUACCUCACAGUUCCACAUUCAACACAGGCACAAGCACCUGGUUUACACGUGUUUCCUUCCUUUACUGUUUUUCCCUUCACAAGGGUUAGGAAACUGGGGGCUAGAAAGGGCUCACAAUCAAAUGCGAGAAUUCGUUAUUUCUAUUUCUGGAAUGUCUUUGAGAUUUUUACCUCCUUUAUUCACCCUAGAAUAGUGUGAACUCUUCAGUUAGAUAUUGCUGUGGUAGGCCAAAUGAUGACUGCUUAGGAUAUUAAGUAAUGCUUGGGAGCCACCCCCAGAACACCAGCACUGAAGCAGAACUUAUGACUUGUUUAAGUUUGCCAGUGGCUGCCACUAGCUGAGAAGGUAAGCAUGCACCAAAGUGGCCAUCUGAGGUUUUUGGAGGGUUGAAAACAGAGAUAUUCCUUCUCCUCCUAUUCCAUUUAGAGGGUCACCAAAACAAAACUUCCAGCCUUCAGUGUGAUAAGCUUUCCCAGCUUGUAAAAAGUUCUCACAGCAUUUACUGGUGUUUGCAUCCCCCAACACAUACAAUUUCGGGGGUGGUGAGUGCACUCCUGCAUGCACUUACCACCUUGGACAGGAAAUAAGUUUAAUUAUCCUCAAAACACAUUUUGUACAGUUCUUUAUCCAGAGGUUUCUAAUUUUAUACUUUUGCCAUGUUUGUGCCAGUGCUGCCCACUCUAAUUUUCUGACCUUUGGUAUUCUCAUGUUUCUUCCCUAUAAUUUGGUAGAACUUUCUCUUAUUUCAACUUGUGAAAUAAAACACAAAAUCUA